AGAAAAUGGAAAUAAUUAGGAAAGAAAAGAUCGUGUAUAAAUUCGUGGGCAAUUAUGUCUUUUAGUUUCUUUUGCCUUCUUUUAUUCCUGUGAGAACAAACGCGAGAAAUCAGUUCUGUUCGACCUCCGACUAUUGCCGCCCAGCUUCCACCUUACUCCGCCGCAGCAAAGGAGAGCUCUAAAUUAUUCGAACCCCUCUAUUCUAACAAGUACCAUGGCUGGUAGAGCUGAAGUUGAACCAGGGAAUGAACAAGCUGUUGCCAACCAUUAUGCCGCGUUGAGGACUGAAAUCACCCAGAUAUACUCAAAAAUUAAUGAAUUGGAAAUGGAAGUUAGUGAGCACUCAUUGGUAAUUAAUGCCAUUCAACCUCUUGAUCCAUCAAGGCGGUGCUACCGGAUGAUUGGUGGUGUACUUGUGGAGAGAACUGUCAAAGAAGUCUUGCCUGCUGUUCAACGUAAUAGGGAAGGGCUUCAAGAGGUGAUAGCACGGCUUAACGAGGCAUUGGAAAAGAAGAAGAAAGAAAUUUCUGACUUUGAGGCCAAAUACAAAAUCAGAAUCCGGAAAACAGAUGAAAUGAAAGAUGAAAAUAGCAAAAAGGAAGGCUCUGCUCAAGGUGUCCUUGUUGGUCCUGCUGGUACAGAAGAAUAGAGUUGUCCCUAGAAUACUUCGACUGCUGUAUCAUUGUUAACUUUUAUCAUAUCAGUAUUUGAUGCCUCAUCUACUUUAGUUUUUCGCCGUUAUGUCGUAGGUCAUUUGAAAGUUUGUACUUUUUAAUUUAACUUGGAUAAGAUUGCUUGACUUGGUUAUUUCCAUUUUGCAGUGCCUGCAAAGAUGCUGAAAGUUGAGAUCUUUCCUCUUUUUCUAAUUUUUGAUUUGCCGUUGGGUAUUGCGGGACCCUUUGCUAUCUUCCUCAUAGCAAAAACAAUUAGGGGUUUAUUACAGGAAACCAGGAUAGAGGAGGCAAUAAACUGCAGAAAUUUCUGUAUUUUCUCUCAUCCAACAAACAAAGAAAAUAUAACUUACUGCUGAUAUCCUUGGAUAUCAGGAAUGAUUUACAUCCUCAAAAUUGAGCAGAUUAACAACGGCAAAGGUAUUAGCCUACAAGGGAAAGGAAAAUACAAUAAGAAAAGAAAGCCACUUUCCUAUAGAACAAAAAAUUUUCAGAACCAUUAAACUCUUAUCCCUUCCAUGCUUUUUUUCCUCAGCUGAAGAAAUCUUGGACGCCCCUUCCAGCAAAAACACGGUCGGAAAGCUCAGCUAAAACGGCAUUAACAGUGAGCAAAACGACGCUGGACCCAGCAAUGAUUCCCAAAACAACCCAAGUUGUGCCCAGAACCUUAUCGAAAGCAGGCCACUCAAUUUCUCGAAUUUCCUCCGCCACACCAUUCAAUGACAAAUCUUGCUCUUUCUCAGCCCUUUCUUUCAUGGCCCCCUUAAUCUCAGCACCCAAUUGGGAUGCUUCAUCAACCUUUUUACUCACUUCACCUUCCGGGACGCUUUCUUCAUUCUGCGUUUCUGCUUCAGAAGUAGUAUUACUUUCUGUGCUUUCUUGGGUUGCUUUGGUGGUGAUUAUGUGAUAUCUGGAGUUGGAUUUUCUUGCUCUUGUUGUAAGUUUGGGAUGAUUUAUCGACUUUUUGAAAUUGGGUUGGAUUUUGAUUGGGAAAAUGGUGUUUGAAUGGGGAUGUUUUGGUGAAUUUUGGUAAGAAGCAUAGGGGGAUAGGGAGAUUUUUGAGAGCGGAAGAGCCAUUUCUGGGGGUGAAACAGUGGAAUUUGGUCGACUCAUAGAAAACAUUGGGUUCCAGUUUUUCCUUUUUUCCCAGAUUGUGUGUGAUUAGCUCGUUACGGGCUCCGUUUGGGUCGAAGCCCAAAACUGUAGUUCGUAUUCGAUUGACCCAUAUUUUUAUCACGUCCAUUUUUU